AUGGAAGACGGAAAGAAUGCAAACCCACUCAUCCUCAACCCAUCUGAUCUCCCAACACGGAGACGCCGGCCAUCAACAAAAGAAGACCAUCUCCAUGGCAGCGCAACUUUCACCUAUCCCGCUCCUGCUUUCACCAAUGAUCCAUUUAUGCGAUCCUCCAGCCCCUCUUCGCUGGAAGACAGUGACCGCGAUGCGGAAGAUGAACCGAUCGAUACCCAGGAGAUCUAUGACCUAGUUGCCACAAUGUCAGAUCCAGAGCAUCCCAUCACUCUAGGUUCUUUGGCUGUCGUCUCCCUGCCAGAUAUCUCGAUUAAACCCACAAUACCCAAUCGACCCAACUCAAUCCUCCAGACGGUAACGGUUUUGAUUACCCCAACCAUUCAGCAUUGCAGUUUGGCCACGGUCAUCGGUCUUGGGGUCAGGGUCAGAUUGGAAGAAUCGCUACCGCCACGGUACCGGGUGGACGUUCGAAUAAAAGAAGGAACACACUCCACCGCCGAUGAGGUGAACAAACAGCUGGCUGAUAAGGAAAGAGUCGCUGCUGCGUUAUGGAACCCAACCCUCCAGAGUUUCAUCAAGAAGAUGUUGGAAACCUGCGAGUGA